AUGGCAUAUUAUUGUCCUGAGGUAGCUGUAGCAGCGGCAACUGAUCCAGCAUUCAAGAUCCAAAGCCUACGAAGUCUCACAUGGUCACAUUCACCAAGGCCGCUUCAUAAUGCGGUAAGAGAUUGUAAGACUAGGCAGCAUUCCUUCUACAGUAUACUUCAACCUCGCACUAUUCCUGCCGAACCAUCCUUCAUCUUUGACGAUUUUGCGUCCUUGAACUUAAACAUCAUGGCUUCGGUGCCUCGAAACUAUGAUAUUUGGCAUGAUAUUAUUAACUACGUAAGUUCCCCGCUCCCGUCAUUCGAUAAGGGAUUCCCAUAUCGUCAUCCCUUGCGAUUCUGA